CAAUCCAAUUAUCACGAGAUAUAUUUUUAUGCCGAACAAUAAAUAAAGUCAGUUGAUUUUUAUAAGUUCCUUACUCUUUUGUAUGCAGAGCAUAACACCGCGCAACACUAGGUUUUUUUGUAGACUCAAUUACCUAGUGACCAAUAAAAGUAUACAUGGAACAAAACGCAGUGAACUUUGAAAAUGGUGAGAACCCAGGCUUUGACCCCUCGCCCGAAAAGGGUUUAGAUCCACCUCCAAACAAAGUAGAUCCUUCUUUGACGACACCAAGUAAAAACAAGAAUGACAAACGAGCCGAACGGCCAAAAUGGGACAACCAAUGGGAAUUCCUCAUGUCGUGCAUCGCCACGUCGGUGGGGCUCGGCAACGUCUGGCGAUUCCCGUUCAUCGCCUACCAGAAUGGUGGCGGGGCCUUCCUCAUUCCUUACAUCAUCGUCCUUCUAGUCAUAGGCAAACCCAUGUAUUACCUCGAAACAGUAUUAGGACAAUUUAGUAGCAGUAACUGCGUAAGGAUCUGGAAGUUAUCACCCGCUAUGAAAGGAACGGGCUACGCGCAAGCGCUAGGUGCAGUUUAUAUAUUAUCCUACUACGUAUCUAUCAUCGCUCUUUGCUUAUACUACUUUGCGAUGAGUUUCAACGCCACACUGCCAUGGUCUGUAUGUAAAGAAGAAUGGAUCGCAGAGUUCAAUUGCGUGCCUUCGGGAGAGUCAGCUGAUUCAGACAGCAAUGAAACGUUCGUCAAAAGCGCGGAACUGUAUUUCACGCAAACGGUGCUUCGUCAAUCAGACGGCAUACACGACGGAAUUGGUGCACCUAUAUGGGACCUCACUUUGUGCUUAUUGGCUUCUUGGCUUAUAAUUUUCUUCAUCGUUGCGCGUGGAGUCAAAAGUUCUGGAAAAGCUGCUUAUUUCCUAGCUCUCUUCCCUUACGUAGUGCUCAUUAUUUUGUUAAUUAGGGCCGUUACAUUAGAGGGAGCUGGCAAGGGGAUUUUGUUUUUCUUGACUCCAGAAUGGAACAAAAUUUUAGAAGUUAAUGUUUGGUACUCUGCUGUCACACAAGUAUUCUUCUCGUUGUCCGUAUGCUCGGGCGCGCUCGUUAUGUUUUCCUCCUACAAUGGGUUCCGGCAAAAUGUUUACAGAGAUUCAAUGAUUGUGACAACAUUGGAUACGUUCACAAGUCUCAUAUCGGGAAUAACGAUAUUCGGCAUCAUGGGCAACUUGGCGCACCAGCUUAACGAGGAAGAUAUCAGGAACGUGAUCGGCGCCGGUGGCUCCAGCCUCGCCUUCAUCUCUUAUCCUGAUGCCAUCGCUCAGUCACCAUUUGUACCUCAGCUGUUCUCAGUCCUGUUCUUCCUUAUGAUGGGUGUGCUGGGCGUAGGGUCGGGGGUGGCCCUGCUCUCCACCGUGAACACUAUCCUGCUGGACGCCUUCCCUAACGUUCGCACUAUCUACAUGUCGAGUUUAGCAUGCACUGUUGGAUUCCUCGUUGGACUGGUCUAUGUCACUCCUGGCGGCCAAUACAUCCUGGAGUUGGUAGAUCACUACGGUGGAACAUUUAUGCGAUUGUUUGCGGCUAUAGUUGAGACUAUCGGCGUAUUCUGGAUCUAUGGAUUGGAGAACCUGUGUCUUGAUAUAGAAUUUAUGUUGGGCAUCAAGACAUCGUUCUACUGGCGUAUCUGCUGGUCCAUCGUUACGCCGGCCAUCAUGAUCGUCGUGUUCAUGUACGCCAUGAUCACUACCACCACGCUUCUCUACGGUGACUACGAGUAUCCCCAAGUAGCAUAUAUUGCUGGCGAUUUACUACAAUACGUGGGAAUGGCGUUGAUUCCUAUAUUUAUAAUUGUGGCUCUAGUGAAAUACAGAUCUAAUAGUUGUACUGAGACUGUGAAAACAGCGUUUAGAAAGAAAGAUGAUUACGGUCCCAGCGAUGAGACAUUACGGGAAGAAUGGCUGAUCUUCCGACGGAAUGCGAAAUACGACAGGGAAAUAAAGCGAAAGAAUUGGUUCCACCACAUCGGACUCUCUCUAAUCGGAGGCUACCGUUGGAAAUCGUAAAACUCUACUAUACUUAUUCUUAUCACAAUGUGUCUUUAGAUUCUAUUUAUUGUUUUAAUUUUGUAUUUGUCUAAUAAGGAUUGAGACAAUUUCCUUAAGAAAUAGGACUUUAAAAAAUAAUUUGUUUAGUAGUUACCUACACGAAGGUGUGAGAACGAAGACCGAUUUUUAAUAAGCUUGUUUCAGAGAAAAGUUCACUGAAAAGUAUAUGUAUAUUUUUUGUAAGUUCUUACUCAAUAAAUGUAACAUUGUUUUUG